AUGCUAAUGGACAAAUGCAGUGAACGUGACCAUGUGCUGUAUGCUGAUGUGAAGAUGGAGCACAGCAAGUCCAAGGGCUUUCAACAGACCUCACACCUCUCUUAUGAAAUUAUAACUCCCUGGAGAUUAACUAGAGAUCGAAGAGAAGCCCCAAGGCCCUAUUCAAAACAGGUAUCUUAUGUCAUUCAAGCCCAAGGAAAAAAACAUAUUAUUCACUUGGAAAGGAAUACAGACCUUUUGCCUAAAGAUUUUGUAGUUUAUACCUAUAGCAAAGAAGGGGCUCUGAUCUCUGACCAUCCCAAUAUACAGAAUCACUGUCAUUAUCGGGGCUAUGUGGAGGGAGUUUAUAGUUCAUCUGUUGCUCUGAGUGACUGUUUUGGCCUCAGAGGAUUGCUACAUUUAGAGAAUGCCAGUUAUGGGAUCGAACCCCUGCACAACAGCACCCGCUUUGAGCACAUCUUUUAUCGAAUGGAUGACGUCCACAAAGAGCCUCUGAAAUGUGGAGUUUCUAACAUGGAUAUAGAGAAAGAGACCACAGAGGGAGGAGAGGAAGAGCAUCGAAGCAUCACUCAGCUACUUCGAAGAAGAAGAGCCAUCCUGCCACAGACCCGAUACGUGGAGCUGUUCAUUGUUGUAGACAAAGAACGGUAUGACAUGAUGGGAGGAAAUCAGACUGCUGUGAGAGAAGAAAUGAUUCAUUUAGCAAACUACUUGGAUAGUAUGUAUAUUAUGUUAAAUAUCCGAGUUGUGCUAGUUGGACUGGAGAUUUGGACAAAGGGAAACCUGAUCAGUAUAGCUGGGGGUGCUGGUGAUGUGUUGGGGAACUUUGUCCAAUGGCGGGAAAAGUUUCUUAUAACACGUCGGAGACACGACAGUGCGCAGUUAGUUCUAAAGAAAGGCUUUGGUGGGACUGCAGGAAUGGCAUUUGUGGGCACAGUGUGUUCAAGGAGCCAUGCAGGCGGGAUCAAUGUGUUUGGGCAAAUCACUGUGGAGACCUUUGCGUCCAUUGUUGCUCACGAGCUGGGUCACAACCUUGGAAUGAAUCACGAUGAUGGGAGAGAUUGUUUAUGUGGAGCAAAGAGCUGCAUCAUGAAUUCAGGAGCAUCAGGUUCCAGAAACUUCAGCAGUUGUAGUGCAGAGGAUUUUGAGAAGUUAACUUUAAAUAAAGGAGGAAACUGCCUCCUUAACAUCCCGAAGCCGGAUGAAGCUUACAGUGCGCCCUCCUGUGGUAAUAAAUUGGUGGAUCCUGGAGAAGAAUGUGACUGUGGUACUUCAAAGGAAUGUGAAUUGGACCCGUGUUGUGAAGGAAGUACUUGUAAGCUUAAAUCAUUUGCUGAGUGUGCAUAUGGCGACUGUUGCAAAGACUGCCGAUUCCUUCCAGGAGGUUCUUUAUGCCGAGGAAAAACUAAUGAAUGUGAUGUUCCAGAGUACUGCAAUGGUUCUUCUCAGUUCUGCCAGCCAGAUGUUUUUAUUCAGAACGGCUACCCUUGCCAGAAUAACAAGGCGUACUGCUACAACGGCAUGUGUCAGUACUACGAUGCUCAGUGCCAAGUCAUCUUUGGUUCAAAAGCCAAGGCUGCCCCAAGAGAUUGUUUCAUUGAAGUGAAUUCUAAAGGUGACAGAUUUGGCAAUUGUGGUUUCUCUGGCAAUGAAUACAAGAAGUGUGCCACUGGGAAUGCUUUGUGUGGAAAGCUUCAGUGUGAGAACGUGCAAGAAAUGCCUGUAUUUGGAAUUGUGCCUGCUAUUAUUCAGACACCUAGCAGAGGCACCAAAUGUUGGGGUGUGGACUUCCAGCUAGGAUCAGAUGUUCCAGACCCAGGAAUGGUAAAUGAAGGCACAAAAUGUGAUAUUGGAAAGAUUUGUAGGAAUUUCCAGUGUGUAAAUGCAUCCAUUUUGAAUUAUGACUGUGAUGUUCAGGAAAAGUGUCAUGGACAUGGGGUCUGUAAUAGCAAUAAGAAUUGUCACUGUGAAAAUGGCUGGGCUCCCCCAAAUUGUGAGACUAAAGGAUAUGGUGGAAGUGUGGACAGUGGACCUACAUACAAUGCAAAGAGCACCGUGCUGAGGGAUGGACUUCUGGUGUUCUUCUUCUUGGUGGUUCCGCUCAUGGUGCUUGCUGUGUUUCUCUUCAUGAAGAGAGAUGAGCUCCGGAAAGUGUACUUCAGAAAGAAGCGAUCACAAACGUCAGACGGCAAAAAUCAAACUAGCGUUCCUAGACAGCCAGUGACUACUCCUCGGCAGCCGGUGGGUCCUCCUCGACAGCCGCCUGUACAUGCAAACCGGUUUCCAGUACCAGUCUGUGCAGCCAAGCAGCCUCAGCACUUUCCAUCAAGGCCACCUCCACCGCACCCGACAGCGUCAUCUCAGGGAAAUUUAGUUCCUGCCCGUCCUGCUCCUGCACCUCCUUUGUAUAGUUCCCUCGCCUGAUUUUAUACUCUUCUUUUUGCACAUAUCUUCAGAGAACCGAGCAAAUGUUUUUACUCCCUGGUGUUUCUCGGGAAGGCCUUUCUUCCUAUUGCAACUAUGAAUGGAAACAAAUUCCACAGAACAAACAAACUGGGGAGUUGAGAAGUACAAGGAAAUGCAGUCAAAUGAGGAAUCCGUUUCCAGCAUUGAAACGUCGUGUUC